AUGGCGGAGAUCGCAAGCAACCGCGCUGUCGAUCCUGAUGCGCAGGCUGCUGUGACUGACUUCCUCGACUAUACUGAAUAUCUCCCUUCCGACCUCAUUCGAUCUUUAACACUCAUCCGCGGCCUCGACGACGCCUAUCUCAACAAUUCUCUAGUCCUCCAUGACCUUGCCAAACUCUAUGGCUCACUCCCAAGUCUUGAAGCUGCCUCCCGUCCGAAUGCUCAAGGGCUCCGUGCUCAGAUAUCCACAAGUUUGGAUCGGGCUCUAAACGCUCGGGAAUCCGCGUAUGCAGAGGCCUGCCGACUGUUUGACGUUAUAGACCGACAUCAGAACAGGUUGAAAAGCAUCAUCGCCAAAUUGAAUGCCAUACCAAAGCCUCCUUCGCGGGAUCCAACUCCUCAGCCGACACCCUCAACGCAAGUCAAGCGCUCACGGAGCGGCCGAAAGAUAGAGACUGGGACGUCGACGAGACUAACCCUACAUCCCCCUCGCGGCAAUACCGUUGCCUCUGCGAUCCUCAAAAGGCCCCGUGGCCGCCGUGUCACUGUGCCGGGAGAUGUCAUGCCACCCUACGAUCCCGAUUCGCCCAUCGCAAGUACAGAAGUGUCGGACUGGGAAUCCCCACCCCCUUCACCUCCGCGCCCAGUUCUCAAGCUCAAACAACCGAAACCUCCGGCGCCGGCAAAGCACUCGAAACAAAGGCCCCCGCCAGUCGACGAAAAGACUCGCGAAUCUCGGGAGGCAACUGAGCCAUAUCACAAACCGAGUCCUCCACCCGAGGACGCAGAGAUCGGAAGCAAGUGGAGGCCAUGGACGCACUUGACCGAGUAUGAGAUGUACAAGCUUCGGAAAAAGAUGAAGAAAAAUCAUGCUUGGGAGCCUAGCGACGUCAUGAUCAGACGGGAGUUGGCCGACCGUGGCAGAGGAUGGGACAACUACUACCGUGCGAAGGCAGAAGCUCAAGCGAACGGGACCCGAUUCAUCGACAUCGAUAGCAUCGAAAAGUUGACCCCAAAAACUGAGAGACCUGAGAAGCCGGAAACUCUGGAUCAAAUUGAAAGCGUGGAGAAACCAGACACGUCAGAGGUGGUGGGAAAGGUUGAGGAGGCGGACAUCCCAACCCAAGAGCCUGAGAUCUUGGAGAAGUCGGAGGAAUCUGCCACGGCCGCUGGUGGGACGCCCGCUCCAAAACCCAAACCAUCAAAGAAAAAUGAAAAGAAAGAGAAGAAGCCUGACCCCGCGCGAUCUCAAGCAGCGCUUGCAGCGCAAGAAGCCGAACUUGCUGCCCGAAGACUGGGAGAUAUUGGCUCCAAGUUUCGCACUCUGUUCACGACCCCUUUCACCUCAGCCCUUGCGUCGCUCAGCCGAAGUGCCAGCACCCCGAUCGCUAGCCGGCCAACCGCCACGGGGAAGAAAGGCAUAGAAAAGACGUCCAAGAAGAGAAAGGCAGAAGACACACCGAUAUCAUCAGUCUCGCCAUCAGCAGAGCCAGAGACCGCAAGGAAGAAGCAAAAGAUUGCGCCGAAGCCGUCGCCUCUUGCAGCCAGUCCCAUCCCGGCCGCGACCCCUACAUCGCCUGCCGCCACGAGCAGUGAACCCCCUCCGUCCACCAGCAUGGGAACCAUCAAGAUCCCCCUGAAACUCAAUGUGGCGGCAGCAGCUACGGCUACAGCUCCCGGAGUGGUUUCUGCCAGUGCAAGCAAGACUCCGACCCCCGCGCCAGCAACCCGUGCUCCUAGUGUCCAGCGUAAUUCAGUCGCGCCGAAACCUGAGAGCACCCCGCCAGCGUCCACCACAACUUCCUCCCGGCCACCGUCACGGCGCUCUGCAGCUGCAUCCGUCGAACCCCAAUUCCCUACGACGCGAUCUAGCCGACGUCCGUCUACGACGCCUUCUCUCGCUGGAGGACAGAAAACACCCGCCGAAAAAGAAACGCAAGGACCGAGUCCGAAAGCGGUCACUGCCAUUCCCACAGCGGCAAGCCGCCGUAGUAAGCGAGACGCACCGGGGAUGGUGACGCAGUCGAGUCAAGAUGGAGGGGCCGCUGUGAGCGUCAGCAAGCGCAAGACCAAGCCCGCCAAGAAGACAUCAUCGACAGCCCAAGUACCCCAGAUCAGGAUCGACGUUGAUGGAAGGCAAGAGAUUGUGGAUCCUGAUGAGGAGCGAUAUUGUCUCUGUGGGGAUGUUAGUUGGGGGGAAAUGAUUUGUUGUGAGUUGGACGAGAAGUGUGACUACGGCCAAUGGUUCCACAUGGAAUGCGUAUCUCUGGUAGAGUUGCCUCCCCGGACGGUGAAGUGGUAUUGUCCUGGUGACAGGAAGAAACAUCACAAAGGAGAAACUACCAACGGGCUUGUGGGAAGGGGGAUUAAGUGA